GGAUUAAUCCUCGAAAAUUUAUCGACAUAAACGGUAGGCUGAGCAGGAAAUCAGAGCUUUUAGAGUGAACAAUGGCGGUCGCCGUUGCUGCUGGAAGAUCAACAUUUAUUCGCACUUUGUGUAAAAAACCUACAUCUACUCCCUUUUCUCUUCGAUCCUUAAUUUCACCUUCUUGUUCUUCUUCGACAUCGUCUUUCUUCCUCCGCCAUAAUCGACUCUCUCCGUCCUCUUCAUUCAGUGGAAGAUUACCUCGAGAAUUGUAUUCUUUACUACCAUUCCACAACGCUAUGGCGUCUGCUUGCCUUGUUUCCAGGCUUCCUGAUCGACCUAACACGUCUGCUGAAUGUAGAUUUGCCAACUAUGUCACUCCCAUCUAGAAGCAGACUAGUCAACUGGGUGUUCCCUUGAACUAAAGAGUUCCUCUUUGUUUUCUACACUUCUACCUACAUUAAGGUAUCUUUCUUAUAGCUUAGUGUUGGAGAUGACCCAUGACUAUGGAAAUGAAUUUCGUUUUGACUUAUAUCCUGAAAAACUUAUUGAUGGUGCUGAGCAUCCAUAAUUUUGAGAGUCCAAUUUUGAUUACAAGAAUUGCCGUCUUGAUAUGUAAUUGUCAAAAUUUUCAGAAUGUGUUUUGUUGGCUUCCGCUAUAUCCUGUAAGUAGUUGUGGUCAAUAUCUAACGAUGAGAAGACUGAUCAAUUUUUCCAUUAAUUUUUUUUUUCUAUGCAAAUUACUCAUUCCCUUCGAGUUUUCUCGAACAAUUCAGAAGGCUCUUAUGUGGGUAACUAAAAUAGGGCAAACUCAAAGGAAUGAAGAGAAAACUAGUUAAUGAUGAGUUGAGGAGGGAGUUUUUGUUAAUUGGAUGAUUAUCUACUCCAGAAGCAUUGUUAUAACCCACUUGUACAUUCUUCUAAAUCAACUUGAUGGACAUGACAUUUUCCGCUUUAGGAAGUUUAGGAAGAAUAAUUGCAUUGAGCUGUACAUACAACUGAUACAUGGUGAAUAGUUUUUUUGAAAAUUUAAAAAAAAAGACAAUUAACUUAUUUCCCAAAAUAAGCGUCCGUACAUCCAAGCCUAGUCUCGGGGAUCAUUCGCUGUUAGUAGCAGGGACUUAAUGCGUUUUAAGUUUUCAGUUCUCAGUUACUUCCUUAUUCCAGUUGACGAGGUGGAGGAGUUACCAGUUAACCUUAAAGUCGCUGUUACUUUGGGCUUUUAAUUUUUUUUUCCUCUUUCGCUCUUACUAACAGCGACUCUUGCCAAACUUAGGUUUGGAUGUACGGACGCUUAUUUUGGAAAAUAAGUUUUCACGGAGCUUAUUUUAGAAAAUAAGUUGUUUAAUUGUCUUAUUUUUUUCAAAUUUUCUAGUUUUUUUGGAUACAGUUCAGGAUAACUGCUUUUAAGAGAUUUUUUUUUUUUUUUUUUUUUUUUUUUUUUUUGUGCGUUCACAGUGGAUUUGAUUCAUGUUGUCUGAUGAGCUAUGCCUAGGAGCCCACCUAGAAAACUACUAAUGUUGUCUUGUCUAUUGUGAGUAGGCUCCGCCGAACAGUUCUGGUAUUGAGGUUUCUGAUGUUCAUCUAAUAAUGUUAAUUCUUAACCAAGCAAUUGGAUUGCUCGAGGGAUUGCACUAGAUCCUUUGGUUUCAAGUUGCAUGAUUAGGGAUGGCAAUGGACCAUGUCUUGUCGUUUCUCCAAAACCUUGAUCUGGUCACAACCAGAGGUGUGCAAUUGUGUAAAAGCAACCAGACGAUGACCCGAAAAGACCCGAAUUUUAAAUAUAAAACUUCAAAAAACAUGUUAGCUAGUACUAGACCCCAAAAAAAGUAAGACGACCCAAAACACUGAACUAAGACUCAACUAGAUGACUCGAAUUAAUAUCUAUACACGACCCCCUCCUUCGUACCCUAUAUCAUACUGGCACAAUAUCGUGUGGGCUCUACCUAUGGUCUUCUUUUACUUAUUUAAUAAUUUUUUUGGUUAUAUGAUAGGCUGGAGGAAGAGAGAGGCUACCUGAGAAUUGUACCCAUGACCUUUAUCCAUGACCUUUUUUGAGAAGUGAUACUUGCUCUCCAACUGAUUUAAGACUCAAUUCUCUAUAAUCUUCUUACUCAAGAUUGUAGUUAGAGCCAAUAAUGACAUUGAGGUCCGAUGGGAACCCAAGUUUUUCCUGUAAAUCUAUAAAGUCCGUGUAGAGCCCAAUCAAAUAAUCUGAGUAAUUGAGGUUAAAGUCUUAAAGAGAAACAACAUUAUAAGCUGUAAACUAAUUAGUUUUUAAGGAAGGGCGUUGUAUGUCAAUUAUAGGGGAUUGAAUGAUGGCCAAUGUAGAAAGUUGUUGCAGGACAAAUAGCAGGCAUCUCCUUUUCGGCGGAUCGUAGGACAGCAGGAGUACUGUAUUAGCAUUAGAAUACCAUUAGACAUAUAUCUUAAUUGUACUUUUAAUACUUGCUUUCACUAUUAGAACUACUUUUAGAUUAGUUUACACAAGGAGAAUUCUCUCGAGGUUCACUGCAAUUUUCCGCAACAUGGCCAAUGAACUAAGUUUAGCAUUGAAGCAUGGUAGAUGUCUUGAAAUAUAGAUCUCCAUUGAUUUAGAUGGUAUGAGGACUGAGGAGUGGUCUUAAUUUUUGUUAGCUUACGAAUCAUUUAGAUGAUUUUCAUAUGAUGGAAAUGGAUGGAUUAUUAG